AAGAAAAACGUGCGAUAGUAGAGACGCAGAAAAGCAAGCGAUUGGUGCACGGUCUGGACGGAUACCCAAGCGGGCAGCUGAGUGCUGAAGGUGCACAGCAAGGGCAAAGGGUUAAAACGCAAUUCUGUCCUUCCGGACACCCCCGCACUGGCUCCUGGCUGGGCAAGGUGAGCACCGGUUGGCCAGGGAGCCGCAGUAGAGAACACAACCUACGUCACUUCCGGCCGCGGCUGGAGCCACUCGCGCUAUGACCGCCAGCGCCGCGCCCCCGGUGAGUCGGCCCGGGGUCGGGGUCGGCGUGGUGGUGACCAGCAGCGAGCAUCCCCGCUGCGUCCUGCUGGGGAAGAGGAAGGGGUCGUUUGGAGCCGGCAGCUUCCAGCUUCCCGGAGGUCACCUGGAGUUCGGGGAGACCUGGGAAGAGUGCGCUCAAAGAGAAACCUGGGAAGAAGCAGCGCUUCGCCUGAAAAAUAUCCGCUUUGCCUCCGUGGUAAAUUCUUUCAUUGAGAAGGAGAAUUAUCAUUAUGUCACUAUAUUAAUGAAAGGAGAAGUAGAUGUGACUCACGAUUCAGAGCCAAAGAAUGUUGAACCUGAAAAAAACGAAAGUUGGGAGUGGGUCCCAUGGGAAGAAUUCCCUCCACUGGACCAGCUUUUCUGGGCACUGCGUUGUUUAAAGGAGCAAGGCUAUGAUCCAUUUAAAGAAGAUCUGAACCACCUGGUAGGAUACAAAGGCAAUCAUCUCUACAUGACUAAGAAGAGUCUUUGAUCAAAAAAAAAAAAAAAAACAAACACACAAAAAUAAGGUCAAGUUAAAGAAUGAAAAUAUUGAAAACUCCCAUUUUUAUUGAAAAAGGUACAUGUGAAUCUGGUUUAUUUGUAUUCUCUUAAUACCCACUACCUCAAGAAAAAUAUUUCUGGAACAUGUCAUUGAACAGUAUUUCAGGCACAAAAUAUGUAAUAGAGAUAUUGUGGUUAAUCUGUUUUCCAAAUUUAUCUGUGAUCACUGUGUGGUUUAUCAUUACACCGGGCAGAGUGCAAUAGGAUCUGCUCUAGUGUUCCAGUUAAAAUAGAGAUCCCCCACUCAGGUCUCAUAAUGCAGAUUUAAACCACUGCCUGUUACAGAAUUCAUGUUUGUUGAUUUUUCGUUCAUUCUUUAUUGUUUACUUUAAGAGAACUGGCAAUAUAUUGUAACAAUUUGCAACUAGUAAGAACAGGCCAGGUCAGUAUGCUAUAUAUUUCCCAGAUUUCUGGGUGAGACCCUAAACUAUGAGAAGUGAGACAAACCACCUAAGAUCUGGGUCCCACAUCAACAGGCCAGGGCUUUGUGAGUGCCUCACUUUGCCCGAGACCCAGUGUCUUUGUACAGAAGAGGCAGGGAUUGCUCUAGGGCAGGGCAGCAGUUCUCCCGGUGUGGGCUGUAGGACUCCUCAAGAGCCUUUCAGGGUAUUCAAGGCCAAAGAUACCUGCUUUUAUAACCCUAAAACCUCAUCUAACUUUUCCACUCUCAUCCUUUCACCAUCAUACACACACGUUUUCUAGACUCUGCCUGAUACAUGGUGUCAGAAUAUAAAAGCAGAAAUGGGAAUCCAGUUUUCUUCUGUUGAGACAUUAAAGAGAUUUGCAAAAAUAUCAGUGGCACUUUUCUCACUAAUGAAUAAUAUUUUCAGAAACAGAUUUUUUAAAAAAAUUAUAGUACGCACAGGAUUUUUAUCUGUAAAUGAUUAAUGAAAGUUUAAGCUCAUUUUCAAUUUUUUUUUUUUGUUUCUGAGAUAGGAUUUCAGAAUAUAAACCAAGCUAAAUAUCAAACUUACAACCUCCUAGUUCAGCUACCUGAUGAAUUUUUUUCAGUUUUACUUUUUGUUUAUGGGGUGGGGAUACUGAGGAUCAAACUCAGGGACCCCCCUAAUACUGAGCUAAUUCCCCAGCUAUUUUGAGGCAGGGUCUUGCUAAAUACUGCAGAUUGUCCUUAAACUUGUGAUUCUCUUGCCUCCUGAACAGCUGUAUAGGAGUGCACCACCGCGCAUGGCCAGUUUUAAUUUCUAACACGAGGAUCACCCUAUAACAACUCUGUAGUUUUUAAGAGUUUUGGCAGCUGUGUUAAUUACGUCUCUCAUUGUUGAGGCAAAAAUACCCAACACCCACAGUUAAAGGAAAAAACUUAUUUUGGCUUACAGUUUGUAAAGCUCUCGGUCCACAAUCAGCUGGCUGGAAAGCCAGGCGACAGGGCAGGGGCAUCACAGAAGAGAAACAGCUCAUGUGGUGAGGUAGCAAGCAGCAAGCCUGCCUUUGCCUCCUAUCCCAGCUGGGUACACACCUUUUGGGCCAGCCAGCCACACAGCGAGGGGCUUGUUUUCAGUAAAUCUAUUCAGCAGAUCCCAGAACUACCCUAACUCUAAACAGAGGACUAUGACUAGUCCCACUUCCUAAACCCCAGGAUCACUCACAUGAUCCAGCCACCUCCCAAAGCCCCACCCACGAGGACAUGGAACUUUGGGGGACAUUUAGAUAGAAGCCAUAACAGAAACCAAGACGAAAACAAUUGAGACUUGCUAGAUUGGGCCAUACACUCCCCACCUUUUUCUUUGGAAUCCCACUUCUAUGAAUUCCUAUGUUCCUCUUAAACUUUAGGUUUUAAUUUUGCUCUUUCAAAAAACUGGCAUUAUUAUAGUACUUCUUAUACAGGAAUCUUUUUCCAAGAAGGGAUUAUCAUUUUUCAGUUUUUUCAAAGUUACAUGCAUAUACCUCUCCUGUAUUAUAUAAAUAUUUAUAGAUCUCAUUUUCUAUUUUCUUAUUUCUUUGCUAGAAUGCUUGUUCAACCAUGACAAACAUGUACUCCUUGAACUUCAAAUACACUGAUGACUCUUACAGUUUUUUCUACUCCAUGUGAUUAUACCACAUCCUUCUAUUAUUCUUUUCACUCUCUGCCUUGAUUGGCUGACUGCUCCUGAUUUAUGCUAAAAGGGCACAUUUGAGGCUUCUAAGAAUAAAGCAGACAAGCCUUCUGGAUGAACCGUCCCCAAGGCUUAGCUCAGAUAUAGUUGACUAGGACUUUGCUGAGAUACCAACUUUAUUGUAGUACCUCUGCAAGCAGGCGUCUUAUAGCUUCAAAAGCUUUAUCACAAACUUGGAGUCUUACUAUAACUGCUUCUUUAACUUUUUAGUGAACAAACUGUUGCAGAACUUCUGAGGGGUUUGUCUUACUUUUUUAAUUCACCCAACUUGACAUGAAACAGGGUCUCAAUGCAAAAGAAACAUGAGUCUAAGCUUUUCUUCAUAUGAAAAAGCAACAAGAUAAGGCCUUUGUAUAAGAGGGAUUGAAUUUACCUCAGCCUCUGAAAUGCUCAGGUGGCAGCCAGUAAUUAUUUGGUAAAUGUCCUUCAGUGCGUCUCUAAAGGACUGCAGUAAGCAGAUUUUGAACUCUUAAGCAGUUUCUUAGCUUUCUUGAUAAUCAGAACAAAAAUUAACACUGCCUACAAACAUUUUCAAAAAACUAAAUGUCACCUAGAGGUCUCAAGGUAUACUGCACACUGGCACAGUUACAUAAGAAAAAGAAAUAAACUUCUUUGUUCUUUAAGCCACUUUGAUGUUUUGUUACAACUUAAUUUUAACCUGAUUAAUACAUCUCUGUUCCUUUAAGAUUUCAACUCUUUACACUUAUUCCUCCCCCUAGUUACAAUCCAGUCAUAAUUCUCUAUGACUGUAAUAAACCAGAAGAGUCUUCUACCUCCCCUGAGUUGAUUUUGGUUAAAAUUACUUGGAUUGCUACACUGCUAAAUCAAAUGAUCACUUCACUGGUCUCAGUUUGCUGGCCUUUGGCAGUAUUUGACACAGUUCAUCACUCAUUUAAACACUUUGGUUUCUGGAAAAGUAUCCUCCUUUAUAUUUUUUCCACAUUCUUGGUAUCUUAUUUUCUUUGUUGGUUUUGAAAAUUAUUUCUUUUUCUAAAUCCACUCAUGCCCAUCGUGAGCUCGUUAUUCUCCUGGUUUUAAAUAUCAUCAAUACGCUCAUGAUACUCACAUUUAUAGCUCCAAUUCAAACCCUUCUUUCUUCAGAACUCUAAACUCAGUUAUUCAGCAGCUGCUCACCACCCAGCAAGCAUCACCUAUAUGUGUCUAAGCAUGAACUAAGCAGUUCAAGCUUACCAUGUCAAGACUUACCCCCAAUUUUCCUUCCCAAAUAUGCUCCUUUUAAAAUAAACAUUACCUAUACGUUUCCAGUUGCUUUCCAGUCCCAUACUUUCCCACAUAUCCAAUACAAUAGAAAAUUUUAUUGCAUUUUAAUGUAGAAUACAACAAGUCUCAAUAAUUACAGUAGUGCUACUAUUUCCCAAGCCACCACCAUUGUACACCUCCUCCUCACUGCCCUCUCUCCUCUGCCUUUGCCUGCAGUAGCAAAGUGAUCCUAUAGGAUCAUUCCUUACAGCCUGUCACACCUCUGUCUCUUAGUCAGGGUAAAGGUUCUCAGGCUUCCUUUUCUCUAAACCGCCUGUCUUUGUCCUUUCAGUGCCAUGACCAGUAUGUCAGGCUACUUACCACUGCCCAUAAGUCUGAAUAUAGAGUCAAACUUUACAUUCUACCUUUGGGAUACCUUCCUUCCCACCCAAAUGAAUGGCUAAAGUUCUGUGCCCAUUGGGAAAAUUUGCCAAUCUUUAAUGGCAAGCUUUGAAGAAGUCUGUAAAGAAGUCAUCAUUUACUCUGGGUUUAAAACAUAAUGCAGCCAUCGACCCAGCUUGAGCUUUCAUCUUCCUACUAUUUGGCUACAUAGUAAUAGAUGUGGACCAGUGGAGGUGUCCUAGGGUACAUGGUGAUCAGAGAUCUUUGCUCACACAGCUCAUUUAUGUUCUUGGUUGUUUGGAUUUUCAAAUGAUAUUACUAAGAAAAUGAAAAUUUAAGCUACACAUAGAAACAAAAUAUCUGGGGGGAAAUGUGAUAAAUGACCUCUAGAAUAUAUAAAGAACUCCAAAAUAGAAGACAGAAGGCCUCCUUUUUAAAAUGAAGCAAAGAUUUGACUACUAAAGCUACAGGAAUAGCAGAUAAGGGACACAGCCAGCAGUAGCCCAGCAGCAGUCCCCUCACCUUUACCCUAACCCUGCUCCCUCUCCCACAGUGCACAAGCCAGUACCAUAGCACCCCCCACCCCUGCCGGACACCAGGUCCUGCAAGUCCCAGAUGCUUGAGACUAGCCUGGAGGCCCUCUUCAACUUUGUCACAAACCCCAAGACAGCUAAGGUGCCUCUGAGGCUCCCUGGAAUCUGCCCAAGUCCUUCAAGCUGCGGGAGCACAAAUGUAGGCACUGCAGGAGUGCUGAGUGCAUAACAUGUUCCAGCUCAAUCUUUUACAGGUUUCCUGAAGCAGGGAGCUGCUUCUCCUGGGACAAUGACUGCCCAGCACCAGGAAUCGAUGGCCCAGCAGCUGUACCCACCCACUGCUCAACAUCUCUGACAGUCUUCUGCUGAGAUACCUGAUGACACCUCUGCGGGGAGGUUGGGAGAUAGCCAUCUUCUGGCCAGAGAUACUUCUUAAAUCAUAUCAAUCAGACAACAUAGCAGGAUCCAGGAGGGCCAUGCUUCCUCAGAUGAGUGUUAGGGCCCCACAGCACAGCAAACUUUGGUGAACGAGGCCUCACUCAGGUCCUUUCCUUGAUGGAUUGGAACAAGCAAUCCUUCAGGAUGGAGAAAUUUACCACACAGACUGAAAAAAACUUGCCCGAGGCUGGACACUGUAGCCAGUAAAGCCUUAGUUAGAGGCAGAACCAAGGAGCUUUAUGUUCCCCACCCCUAGAAAUUUACCUGUGGCAUGAAAUGAAUACCAAUGCUGCCUGCACAUCACUAAUGCCCCUUAUGCUCCACCCCAAACCUAAGCUACGUGUAUACCCCACUCCAUGUGUCCGAUGGAGAGACUGACAGACCCCGGGGAGACUGCCACCCCUGGGGACCAUGCCGGACCCUGGAGGGUCGGGGGUUCUCUCCCCACAUUCCUAAAAUAAAGGUCAUUUAUAUUUCAUACUUCUUACCUUUUCAGCCGUGCCACAAUUCUAUCACAAACCAUAAGAACAAGAUCUCCUCAUGUCUGGACCCAAGAUUUUGACCAUUAUUUUGGGAAAACCAUGAACCACAGAAUCAAUCAGAGUGUUCCUCCUUUGCUCCCUAGAACCACAAGGAGACUUUCUAGGUGGUAGUAACUCCAACCAGCAGCAACAUGUGUCUCCGCCAACAGCAGAUGCAGAAGGAGACCCCAGCUGAAAUAGCUAGAACGGCUUCUGCAGGCAAUGGGGAAUAUCAGUUCCAGCACAGCGAAUUCCCCAAAAGGUCAGGAAUUAGCUCUCCACAGCCAGUUACCAAGACUGGAGCAAGAUAGUGGGACUCGAAACCCAGCACCUUCUUUCAGGAUGUCCCAGGAACUAAGAGCAAUGACGACUGAGAUAGUUCAGAUCGCUUUCUUAAGCACGGCCCCUAUCACUCUUGAGGUAGGAGCACAGACAGUGGACGAAGCAUGAGCAGCUACAGUGUCCCUCAGACGCCAGGUGACUUUCUCAACAGCAGUGAUGAAACAGACACGACAUAUUCUCAGCCAAAGCACCGGCCCUCACAUCAAACCACUCCGCAAACUUCCUUGAAGCUAUUCCUUAGACAAAUGUGAGCUUUGGAGCCCUGGAAGGACAUGAAAUGAGCCCAGGCAGAGAGGAGUUUACGCCCAAUCUGCAGGAAGCUUUGGAUUCCGACUUCUUAAUAAUAUGGAAUCUUGUGGCAGCCACCAGGAUGAAUAAAGAAAGCUUUCUUACAAGGUUAUAGAUCCCUGAGGUGGACUGAAUUCUAAAUCUGUGAAAUUCCUAGGGGAUAAGAUAUGUAAACUUGUUAUGGUUUAUAUCUAGAUGCCACCCCAAAGCCUCAUGCACUUAUAGGUGAGACUUAGGGGAGGUACUGGAUUAUGGGGCUUGAUAUUCAUCAGCGGACUGAGUUCACUGAUGAAAUUAUAGCUAAAUGCGAUGCUAGGAGGUGCAGCCUGAUCAGAGGAGGUGGGUCACUGGGGAUGUGGCCUAGACGUCUCCGUGAGCCUCCCCUUCUCCUUGACAGGGCUCUUCUUCCUGCAGCCAUGCCAUGAGCUAUUUCUCUUCUCCCAUGCCCUGCACUGUGUCACCCUGUUUUGGUGCCAGUCAACCAUGAACUGAAACAUCUACCAACUAGGGGACAAAACAAACCUCUUCCUCUUUAACUUCUGUCAUAUUCUAUUACACAAGAACACCACUACAGGUGGCCGUGAUUCAAAAGAAGGGAAGUUAAAUUCUGUUUCUCAGUGAAGGCGUAGGGAAGAAAGGAGCUAAUGGCACCUUUAAUGCCACCAGCUAAUAUAUUAUAUUAUAUAAUGUUAUAUUAAAAUAUUAUAUAAUAUAUAUUAAUGAGGGAGGAUUUAUAUAGAGAAAAAACACCAAGAAAUGGGCUAUUAUAAUACUUAAUUUCUAACACUCAAAAUAUUUGUGUAGAGAGGUAAUAGGCUUUAAAAUCAAACGGUGCCACUCUAAAAAGAAAGACCAUAAUUAGUUUUGUGUGUGUCUGUGUGUUGCUACACAUUGGGCCCAGGGCCUUCACGCUAUGCCACAUAAUGUUGCUUCAGUCACAUUUUAUUUUACACUUUUAUAUUUUGAUUUAGCAUAUUUGAUUUAGCAAAUAUUGCUGCAGAUGUGCCACUCCGAGAUAAUGUCAGUCUGUAGGAUGGGAGUAAUUUGAGAAACACCAGGAACUCCCGAGAUUGUCAGAGCUAAGUGGACAGCAAUACAGUUUCCAGACUCGGGUCAACAAGUUUGAUGGCUCUGCAGGUUUCUUUGUUUCUCCCCCUGCCUCUUUUCCUCCAGCCUCUUUUUAAAGUCCUCCCUUCAGUCUCUAGCAUGCAGUCUCCAAAUUGGCUCCCGGAGACCCGUGGCCAGGCCUGAAAAUAAAGCCUUUGCUUCCCAAA